CGGGAGGCGUCGGGUGUCGUGGGAACGGCGCCCGCGGCGCCAAGGGAGGGACCGCGACGUCUCCAGCCGUGGGUGAUACAAGGCGGGAGGGUCGGGCCCCGGGACACCGGCGCCAUGGAGGGGACACAGGUGGGCGCGGGGUGCGAGCUGCAGCAGUUCGGCCCCGCGCGAGCUCCGCUACCUGCCCAAGAGAUGGCAAAUCCUGAGGUCAUUGUAAGUAGCUGCCGCUCUCACGAAGAGGAAAAUCACUGCACUUUUAAUCAGCAUACAUCUCCCUCGGAGGAACUUCUAUUAGAAGAUCAGAUGAGGCGAAAACUCAAAUUUUUUUUCAUGAAUCCUUGUGAGAAGUUCUGGGCUCGAGGUAGAAAACCAUGGAAACUUGCCAUACAAAUUCUAAAAAUUGUAAUGGUGACUAUCCAGCUGAUCUUUUUUGGGCUAAGUAACCAGAUGGUGGUAGCUUUCAAGGAAGAGAACACUAUAGCAUUCAAACACCUCUUCCUAAAAGGAUAUAUGGACCGAAUGGAUGACACAUACGCAGUGUACACGCAAAGGGAGGUGUACGAUCAGAUCACCUUCGCAGUGAACCAGUACCUGCAGCUCCGCAACAUCUCCGUUGGGAAUCACGCCUACGAGAGCGAGGGCGCAGAGCGGUCGGCUCUGGCAGUCUGCCAGCACUUCUACAAGCAAGGAAACAUCUGGCCUGGAAACGCUACCUUUGACAUUGAUCCAGACAUUGAAACUGAAUGUUUCUUUGUUGAGCCAGAUGAACCUCUUCACGUUGGAACACUAGAAGAGAAUAAACUCAACUUAACGCUGGACUUUCACAGACUCCUAACAACGGAGCUGCAGUUUAAACUGAAGGCCAUUAAUCUGCAGACCAUUCGUCAUCAUGAGCUUCCUGACUGUUACGACUUUACCCUGACUAUAACAUUUGACAACAAAGCCCACAGUGGAAGAAUUAAAAUAAGUUUAGAUAAUGACAUUUCCAUCAGAGAAUGUAGAGAUUGGCAUGUAUCUGGAUCAAUUCAGAAGAAUACUCACUACAUGAUGAUCUUUGAUGCCUUUGUUAUUCUCACGUGCUUGGCUUCCUUAAUCCUGUGUGUUCGAUCUAUGGUCAGAGGACUUCAGCUUCAGCAGGAAUUUGUCAGUUUUUUCCUCCUCCAUUAUAAGAAGGAAGUUUCUGUUUCUGAUCGGAUGGAAUUCGUCAAUGGGUGGUAUAUUAUGAUUAUUAUUAGUGACAUAUUGACAAUUAUUGGAUCAAUUCUGAAAAUGGAAAUCCAAGCUAAGAGUCUAACAAGUUAUGAUGUCUGUAGCAUACUCCUUGGGACCUCUACCAUGCUGGUGUGGCUCGGAGUCAUCCGAUACCUCGGUUUCUUUCAGAAGUACAAUCUGCUUAUCCUGACCCUGCAGGCAGCGCUGCCCAGCGUCAUCAGGUUCUGCUGCUGUGUGGCUAUGAUUUAUUUAGGCUAUUGCUUCUGUGGCUGGAUUGUGCUGGGGCCUUACCAUGAAAAGUUCCGUUCUCUGAACAUGGUCUCUGAGUGCCUUUUCUCUCUGAUAAAUGGAGAUGAUAUGUUUGCCACAUUUGCAAAAAUGCAGCGAAAAAGUUACUUGGUCUGGUUGUUCAGCAGAAUUUACCUCUACUCAUUCAUCAGCCUCUUUAUCUACAUGAUUUUAAGCCUCUUCAUCGCACUGAUCACUGAUACAUACGAAACGAUUAAGACUUGCUUAGAGUCACCAAGGAGAGUAGGAAAGAAUGUAGCUGUUCCUGUCCAGAUCCCCUCCCGUGGUGCUGUAAAAAUGCGCUACCUUCAGCUCUGCGUGCAGGGAACUCUGUAUUGUUCCAGGGUGACAUCCAAGGCCUUAAAGACAUUACCAACAAGACGGCUUCCCUGAGACUGAACUUCGUAUGUUUAUAUCAGAGUGCAAAGAUCUACCCGAUUCUGGAAAGUUCAGAUUAGAAGAUGACCCUCCAGGAUCUAUAUUCUGCUGUUGUAAAAAGUAGCUGUCAGGUUAAUCUAUGCCCUGGAGGGAACUCUAAUGUGUAGCCAAGUGGUGAGGCAAAAUGGGUGUUUUAAGAUCAGAUGUAGUAAGUUCGAAGACUAUUAUUUGAGCAAAUUGAUGGCUAUAAUUCAUCAAGAACUAUGUUUAUAUUUUUAAAGAAAUAUUUAAUGUUUUUGCAACUUUAUGUUAGGGUUAUUUAUAAAAAAGAAAGAAAGAAAGAAAGAAAGAAAGAAAGCCCUAACUUUGGUGAGGGAAACUAUUGGAUUCUUGUCCUUCACUGUUCAUUUUUCCAUCACUUUGGAAUGUAUUCUCUCUUUGCCUCCCUUCACUUGAGCUCUCACACGCUUGCCUCCAGUUAUUCUGACUGUGCUGCCUCUGUCGUCAGUGGAAAACAGUACCUGGUCUGACUUCAGGCAACUCAUAACCCUGGUCUAGACCAUUCUUAGGGGGCUGCCGUGAGAGAGAGGAUGGUUGCUGUAAUCAUUGCGUUUAAGAAAAAAAUCUCUUGAAGGGAAGAAUAAGAAAGAAAUAACCAUUACCAGCUAACAGUCCCAUGUUUGGUUCUGAAGGACAACUAUUAUCCGAUACUGCUGUUCUGGAGAAGAUCAGAAUGAGCACUCGUGUGCAAGUUUUCUCUUUUCCUUUAGUGUUGGAGGACAAAGCUGAAAGAGCGUCCUGUACAUCCCUGAGAAUUAAAGUGCAUGUGUCAGGCAGACUCAGUCCCAUGGGGAUGGUUUUAUUAGUAUUUGCACAGCCUACGCCUCCCAGGCACGGUCAGUCUCACAGAAAAAGAGCAGCGUUUCAGCGUUCCGAACUGCAGUUCUGUAACUCACAAUAAAAAUAUUUUAGAAAACAAUUAUGCUCAAAACUUAAAAGUAAGUGGGAAAUGUAUGCCUUAAAAAGACACAAAAGCAAAGUCUCCACUCCUUGCAGACCUCUGAUUGGAAGUUUCAGGGAUUUUCACAACAUGAAUCUUUUUUAUGCGCUAUUUAUUCAAGAAGAAAUUAACUCAAUGGUAUGCAAUAAGGUUUUCUCAAAGCAAACUCUUGCUUUGUUCAUUUUUAAUUUUACUUUAAGAGCUAAAUGAAAAUAGCCUUGAGACAUUGAAAUCUUAUUGUUUAACAUAAUCACCUUCAUAAUAAUGACUCUGGGUGUUGAAAUGUGAGGUUUUGCAAUUAACAUACGCUAUUUUUGUAGUACCUGUGGCUUUUUAAAAAUGGAAAAUCUGAAUCUCUCGGUGCAUAUUUUUUUUCUUUUGGCUUAGCGCUAACAUUUGUAUCAUAAUCACUUUAGAAUUUGCUAGAAUGCACUGUGAAUUUUGAAAUCAUGUUUAUUAUCUGAUAAAUACUUUACCCCUGGUGAGGUUUUUGGAUUAGCAAUAUUUCAGUGGAAGCGUGAGACCACUGACCCAGUGUCAGGCCUGGGGUUUUGCUUUGCCCUAACGGCAUUCUGUUCCUGCUGUGGAAUUACAGCCAGUGACAAGAGUCUGUGCACCUUGAUGGAAAGUCUGGACUUUGAGUGAUGAUGUGUCAACGUAGGGUCAUCUGUUGGGACAGGUGUACCACUCAGGUGUGCAAUGUGAUAGUAGGGAAGGCUGUGCCUGUGUGGGGGCAGGGAGUAUCACUCUCAAUACUUUCUCUUCAAUUUUGUUGUGAUCUGAAGCUGCUCUAAAAAAAAAAACACCUAUCUUUGAAAAAUUAAAGUACUAUUUCAUGUAAAACCCAGUCACUCCCUUUUGUUCACACGUU